GCGCCAGCGAGGAGUUUGGGUCCGGAAACAAAUUUUGCGCUGGAGAUGUCUCGACCCGGUCCUGCCCCGGAGCCUGUCAGAGACAGAUUGAUAGAUGAUGCUAAGGCCCGCUUAAAAAAGCAUGAUGCUGGGACCAGAUAUUCUCACCUGUCCUACGACAAAUACUCCGUCCUUAUACCAUUGUUGGCGAAAGAAGGAAAACUCUAUCUGUUGUUUACCCUCCGGUCAGAGAAGCUGAGGAGGUCACCUGGAGAAGUCUGCUUUCCCGGAGGCAAGCGUGAACCCACGGACGAGGAUGCUGUGGCCACGGCUCUCCGGGAAGCCCAGGAGGAAGUGGGGCUGCGCCCCUGCCAGGUAGAGGUCGUCUGCCGCCUUGUGCCCUAUCUCCUAGAGAGAGAUACGCUGAUAAGCCCUGUUGUAGGAUUUAUAGACCACAACUUCCAGGCCCAGCCUAAUCCCGAUGAAGUUAAGAAGGUGUUCCUGGUGCCUCUGGAGUAUUUCCUGCAUCCCCGUGUCUACCACCAGAGUCACAUGACACUUUCUGGCCACCAUGUGGUUGUUCAUUGCUUUGAGUACAGCCAUCCUGAAGAUGGUGUCACCUACCAAAUCAAGGGAAUAACGGCGAAAUUUGCCCUGUUGGUUGCCUUAAUUAUUUUGGGGGGAAAACCCAUCUUUGAAGUUGAAUUUAAUCUUGAUGAUCUAGUUUCCUCCUCUGAAAAGAUCUUCCUGAAGCAUCACAAACAUGCUAUAGGCAAGUUAUGAUUUAUGAGACUAAUCCCAAAAACUAAGGGGAUUUGGUGUGUGCUUACCCAUAAGAACAACAAUAACACCAGCUGUCGGAAACUGACAGGUGCGAAUAUUUUUUUUCCACAAUAUGAAAGUAAAAAAUACCUUGCCUUUUCCCCGCUCUGCCCUCUAUUACCUGAAAGAGCAAAAAGUCUUUCAAAAGUGGAAAAAUGUGAGGAGCGCCUGGGUGGUUCAGUCAGUUAAGUGUCAGACUUUGGCUCAGGUCAUGAUCUUGUGGUCCAUGAG